AUGAGUGGCAACGAGCCGUUCUACUUACGAUACUACUCUGGUCACCAAGGCCGCUUCGGCCACGAAUUUCUGGAGUUUGACUUUCGCGUUCUUGGAGACGGUCGCAGCGCGUCUGCACGUUAUGCCAACAACUCAAACUAUCGCAAUGACUCCCUGAUCCGCAAAGAGAUGUGCGUCAGCGACACGCUGGUCGCUGAGAUCAAGCGCAUCGUGAAAGAAAGCGACAUUUUGAAGGAAGACGACACAAAAUGGCCACAGAAGAACAAGGAUGGCCGUCAAGAGCUGGAGAUCCGAUUAGGCAGCGAGCACAUCUCAUUCGAGACUGCCAAAAUCGGCUCGCUGCAGGAUGUGCAAGACUCGUCUGAUCCCGAGGGGUUGCGUGUGUUCUACUACCUCGUUCAAGAUUUGAAGGCUCUGGUGUUUUCGUUGAUCUCUCUGCAUUUCAAGAUCAAGCCCAUCUAA